AAACUAUGCAUAUACACGCUGUGGUACAGCUAGGCGUAGUUCGCAAACAGUUAACUUCUGUCAUUAAGUUGUUGAGGCUCGUGUGUUGGCAAAUUAAGGGAAGUAGUCUUUAUAUUUAACAUGGGUCCAAAAAAACACUGACCUUACGCUGUGUUGCAGUUGAUAACUGGCUUGAAUUCUUUCUUUUUUUUUAAUAUCAUAGCAUUAGUUGGAAUACAUAGCUUGUUUUUGCUGUAGCUAAAGUUUUCUAGCUUCAAAGCUAGCGUGACUAACUGCGUUAGGUUCACCGGAGAACCCUCUGGAUUUGGAGGAAGGAAGGAAGGAAACUGAUAAGUAGGCUCACUGCGCACCUAUGCUCGUGCAAAACUAGCACUCUUUAGGGCUCUUGGGUUCACACCGUGACGCAGUUAGAAAAGGUGACUAUCUGUAGGCUUUGCGUGAUAUUUGACACUGUUUGGUUAAUGAGAUAUGUUGUUACUUGGCAUAGCUAGCUGCUAGCGCCACGUCUCUGGCUAGCUGUACGGCAGGCAAAAGCUAUCCCAUUAGCCACAAACUUCCAAAGAAGUUGUGUAAGCCAGAUUUCGUCUUCUGAUUAAUCUUCACGGACGGACUCUUUAACUCUGAUCCGCUCUAACACCGGGACGACCGGAGAAACUUAAUGGCAUCGGAUGUGAUUGAGAGUGAAGCUGUGCUGAGGGGUGUAAGGGAUAUGAAUUUGAACAAUGGCAGCCCAGAUAUUGUCACACCCAGGAGGACUCAUGAGGAUUUGGGAAACAGACAGACUUCUAGCCCGUCGUCUUCCGGUGUGUCGGGAGAAGGUGAUGACGAGGAGACCGAUGAAUUGCAAAAUAGCACCGCUUCUACUGCUGAAAAGGGCGAAAAGGAGUUUCAAGACAGCUUAACCAAAACAAGCGGUACGCCACAGGAAAGGACGACUCCAAACAGUGUCCAGAAACAGCGAGGAAAAAGCUCCACUCCAGUGAGCAUUCCCCAGCCGUUAUCACCAUCUGGAGCCACUGGAAGCUUGGAGCUUCAAGAGUCAGUUGCCACAACAGAAGCACGCUUAAGAAUGGAAGGAGUUGAACUUAAGGAAGAGUGGCAGGAUGAGGACUUUCCACGGCCCCUCCCAGAGGAAGAGGAGCUUGAAGAUGAGCUUUUUGCAGGAACCUCUGAGGCAGAAAACCCUGGCUACGCAGUGAGCCAUGGCAAGAAGACCAAGAAAAAACUUGCAGCUCCAGACAUCAGUCUUACUCUAGACCGCAGUGAAGGUUCUGUUCUCUCUGAUGAGCUGGAUGAAAGCACAGAGCUGGACCUCAGUGACAUGGACACACCCUCUGACAACAGCAAUGAAUUUGAAUGGGAAGAUGAUCUUCCUAAGCCGAAACCCACAGAACUCCUACAGAAGGGCGUGGAGUCAGUUCACGAGUAUUCAGUCUCAGAGGAGAGGGAGGAGAGCCGACGCUGGAAAAUGCUUCGUAUUGGAGACCAGGAACACAGAGUGGACAUGAAGGCCAUUGAACCUUACAAGAAAGUUAUCAGCCAUGGAGGUUACUAUGGAGAUGGUUUGAAUGCCAUAAUUGUGUUUGCUGUGUGCUUUAUGCCAGAAAGCAAUAAACCAAAUUACAGAUACAUCAUGGAGAAUUUAUUCAAGUACGUCAUUGGCACACUGGAGCUUUUGGUUGCUGAGAACUAUAUGAUUGUGUAUUUAAACGGGGCAACUUCUCGGAAGAAGAUGCCAACUGUUGGCUGGCUCAGAAAGUGUUAUCAGCAGAUUGAUAGGAGGCUACGGAAAAACCUGAAAUCCCUGAUAAUCGUGCACCCCUCUUGGUUUAUUCGAACCCUGCUGGCACUCACCAAACCUUUCAUAAGCUCCAAAUUUAGUCAGAAAAUCAAGUAUGUGUACAGCUUGUCGGACCUUGCUGAACUGGUUCCAAUGGAGUACGUGUCCAUACCAGAUUGUAUCAAACAGUUUGACGAGGAAAAAAAUAGGAAAAGCCGUAAAAGGUAUAUGCACUUUCACCCAGGAAUCGACCAGGAAAUGCACGGCAAAAUGGAGAGCGCAGCUACUACUGUCCCGGAGUGACCCUGCUCACACUUUGAGACGUGGAAAGGAGCAACGAAUGUUUAGGACUGCAGCCAUUUAUGUUUGUUUUUCGGGGUGACGGGACUGGAGGCUUCUUUGAACUGAGAAAGUGCCUUUUUGAAAUGAUGCUGCCUGUUACACAGUGGACCCUUUUGCUGCAUUUCUGCGUCAACCAGCUUGAUCUUCAGCAUUUCGUCCACAUGCUGUCAGAAAUGUUUUAAUCCUUUUUAUUUACUCCUGUAUGUCAUGGCAAACUAAACACAUUGGUUUUCCUUUAGUUACUGGUGUAUGUAUGUACACUAUUUAAGGCACUCUGUUACAAGUGGUUGAUGCAUGUUUUACUUUAUUACAUUUAAAAGUAUAUAUUUAUAUUCAAAAGGUGUCAAAGGAAAUAAAUUAAUAUAUUUUUAUGGUGGAUCUGAUUUUAAACUGCAUAUUAGGUCACUGACUCACUGAGUGGCAUUGCAUAGAACACGUUUGAUGGCAUCUUGUUCACUGUUCACUGCUGAUGUUCUUAUAAAAUCCUGCCUGGGGAAAAUAAUUUUUUUUGUUUUGUUUUUUGCCCCUCACUUGAAUGUACUGUUUUGCUAGCUGAGGGUGAACACUUGUGAAAGCAAUUUUCUGAACCAACGAUGUAGGUCUUUAUUUUCUCAUUUCCUUCAAGUAAAACCAUGAAUCCAUUCUGA